AUGCUCCCAGACGGUCGGGUCUGGGUAAAGCCAAGUGUCACCGGAAACGGCAAUUCAAUGACGAUGAUGGAAGGUCUCUAUGUCCAGGAUGCGAAAAUCCGCAGCACCUGCAGCGCCAUGUGCUGCGCUGUGACGGGUUCAAUUAGACAAGUUGAGAUGAGGAGGCUGCUGCAGGGGAAUCAGAAUGAUACUGUACUGAAUGGCGUGCGAAUGAACGGUGUUGUGUUGCGAUUCAUGUUUGACUUUGAAGAUCCUCGGGGCCGAUUGCGACUACAUCGGAGCGGGGGUUUGUACUGGAUGAGCAUCCAUUUGUGUCAGUGCCGGGCCGGACUUGGCUCCGUCGCAGUUCCUUCCGACCCGGCUUUGGUUCCGGAAGGCAGGAAGGGCGGCGCCGGUCUGGUUGCAGAAGGAGCAAGGAGCAUUCUGCAACAGGAAAAGACAUUGGAAGGAGGCACCGAGAAUGGCACACGUAGCUCUGCUCAUACCUUGCCAACUGUUCCUCUUUUGGGUAUCCGUGUCUACCUUGGUAACUUCCAGGUUGCAAUCAACAACCUUCUUCGCUGCAUCUCCCAACCAAGCAAUCGAGAUGCUCCGUUGUGGCAUUUCCUACCCGUUACAUCGUCCGUGUUAUGCAAUAUCUUCAAUCCAAACUUCAUUGCAUAUCGACUGCCGCCUCCAGGACCUACCUCAGUCAAUACCAGCGCCUCAGCGAAAAUUAGAACGACGCGGAGAAUGUCACCCAGGUGCCUAGCCGAUUCAGCCCCAGCGAACGAUCCUCCGGGAAGCACGCACGGCACGUUAGUCGAUGUGAGGGGGAUGGUGCCUUACCACGCUGUCGGAACCAUUCCAACCGAAGCACGUUGUCUCAAUGGAUUAGUCGCCUACACCGAUGUGAGAUGGAAAUCUCCGGUCGUCCUGGGGGCCACCCAGCAGAUUCUAGCCAAGUCUAGCCCAGCCCAAAGACGUUCGGCCGAGCCGUGGCCUCUCAAGGUCCAGCCACACCUCCGGCACUCGCCCUACGGCCAGCUCGUGUAUCUUAUGCAUGGCAGACAGCCACCAGUCCAGGGUCGCAGUGAGGUGACAGGGCAGGCAGCAAACGCCGCCGCUAAAUCGCAAAAGCAUCUCCACGAUGAAUGCCAUGCUUCUUCUCUGCAUGAGCUCUGCAAGAAAGAUCUGCGAGACGACUGCUUGGCUGCGAAGUCCUUGAAUAGCGUCGCACACCAGCGCUUCAUCACAUCGUACAUACGGAGACGAGUGGGGGACGGGAUCGAUUCCCUGUUAUUCAUCUUGAUAUGUGCCUCUUUCACUACUCAUAUCAUCAUCAUUACCAUCCUUUAUCAAAGUCCUUCUUCGUUACAUAGGCCGGCGGCGCCGUUCUGGUUGUCUCUAGACGCAUACCGCGCACAUGGGCGUAUUGACCCCCAUGCUGUCCCGUCAAAGCCGUUUUGGGCCUGGGCCUGGUCUUGUCUGUUCUGCUGGAACGGGACAUUAGGGUCUCGCCUUCUUCAGAAGAUCAGGAACAAAGAGUCCCCGCUUCGCAUCGCAUCUUGGUUGCGCGACUCGACUCGCCUCGAGCUUGUUGACCACCUUGACCUUGCCUUUGCCUCCAGCUACAGCUCGACUUUGACUGCACGACUGCCGGGGGCAAAGAAAGUACUGGAAGGUAACUGA